AAUAUAUAUUUUACAACUUUUCUUCCUCAAGUUUCAAAUCAUAAACUACACACAUAUUUUCAAUUCAAAGUGUAAUGAAAAUGAGGCUACAACAACUCAACAUGUCGCUUAUACCAAUUCUCUUGAUUAUUCUUCUUGUUGGUAAUUUUCCUUCCAAUGCAAAAGGGUUAUUGCUACCAUUCAUGGAUUCACCCAACACACUCUUGUCCGAUCUCUUGUCUGAUCGUUUUCCAGAUCCAUUUCGUGUCUUAGAACAAAUUCCAUUUGGAGUCGAAAAAACUGAACCAUCCAUGACAAUGUCACCAGCUAGAGUAGACUGGAAGGAAACUCCAGAUGGACAUGUUAUAAUGUUGGAUGUUCCAGGGAUAAGAAAAGAUGAGAUAAAGAUAGAAGUUGAAGAAAAUAGGGUGUUAAGAGUGAGUGGUGAAAGGAAGAAAGAAGAAGAGAAACAAGGUGAUCAUUGGCAUAGAGUUGAAAGAUCUUAUGGGAAAUUCUGGAGGCAAUUUAGAUUGCCUGAAAAUGUUGAUUUGGAUUCAGUGAAGGCUAAGAUGGAAAAUGGUGUACUUACUUUGACACUUAAUAAGUUGUCACAUGAUAAGAUCAAAGGUCCUAGAAUGGUUAGCAUUGCUGAGGAGGAUGAGAAACCAUCUAAGCAGGAGCUUUGAAAUAGUCAUGUGUGAUUGUGAUCAUGAUCAUUGUAGUAAAAAUGCCUUUUUAAAUCAUGUGUUUGAUUAGUGAAUAAAGGGAUUUCACACGAGGUCUUGUUUGUGUGAGUAACUUCUUGAUGAUGAGUCAAUUCUAGUGUUGUAAGGACCUUAUUAUCUCUUAAUGAAUGAAACUAGUUGACUUUUGUGUCUA